AUGUCGGCGUUAUCCGCAUCGACUGCUCAACGAGUAGCAAGUUUGAAGUCUUCCUCUUCUUCGCUGAACUCGAAUGCGCCUACAUCUUCGACGUCAACGUCCAGACUGACGUCUUCACGAGUGACGUCUCAAACUGUCAGCUCGUCGCAGAAGGGACCUGACACAUCAGUCCGCACUCGUAAUCCAUUGCCCACUAUUGCUGGUUCGCCGUCGGUUGGUAGCGUCAGCUCUCAUGUAAGAGAGGGUUCUAGAGAUCCUCCGCCUCCUUCGUCUCUGAACCCUACUGCUUCCUUGUCGAAGGAGACACCUACAAAGAUUCCGCGGAUCUCG